AUGUCCACCCUCUACGAAAAGAUCGGAGGCGAAGAUGCCGUUAACGCCGCGGUUGAGUUGUUCUAUAAGAAGAAUCUCUCGGAUGAUCGUAUCAAGGAGGUUUGGGCCAAGACCGAUAUGAACAAACUGAAAGACCAUCAGAGAAGUUUCCUAACAUACGUCUUCGGUGGUUCCAACAACUACACUGGCCGCAGUAUGAGAGCCGCUCAUACAGGCUACAACAUCACUGAUGCCCAGUUUGACGCUGUAGUCGAGAAUCUCACUAAUACCAUGAAGGAGCUCGGUAUUGCACAGGAAUAUGUCGAUCAAGUCAAUGCCAUCGCAAAGAGCGAGCAUGACGAUGUCGUCGGGCAUUAG